UUAUCGGUGACCUGCAUCUCCAAACACCAUCCCUACCCUCUCUACUCGUUACCCUUUUUCCCUGGCGCCCAGACUCGUUGAACUCGACUUUCCCUUUUUCUGUGGCGCUACGGAUACCGUCCUCUACCACUCCGUAUCGCAGCUGCGACUUCCUCUUCUUCUCCGGAGCCGAGCUGAGCAGACUUGUCAUCAACUACUGAAGGACAUACUCAUCAUCUCCUCGAUUUGUCGCUGCCUUGAUCUAUCCCUAUAGAUCAGUCUCGUCCUCUACCGCAUCUCUUGUCGUUAGCAGCAUCUUCCUCCCAGCAUCACCUAUCAACCAACCCCUUACGCGGCGAAUACUUUGGCUCUACAUUUACGCCCAACAUCCCAACCACUGUAUCUAAAUUGCGCUCUGCUGCAAAAAAACAUUCAGCUGGGGUUUUUUGAGCCUUUCCCUUCUCCGCCGUCAUCAUGAGUGUAUGUCCUUUCCAUGUCUAUAGGUGGCAGGCUGCCCUGAAACACGUCGAUUGAAACGCUGCGAGACACCAUCAUGUUGCCCAACCAGCUUCUAACAUACUUGCCAGUACAAUCAAGGUCAAGGCUACGGCCAACAGGGAGGCCAAGGCUAUGGCAACUACAACCCCUACGGACAAUCAGGCAACCCCUAUGCCCAACAAGAUAGUUAUAACGAUGGUCCGGGAUACAAUGGUCAACAGGGGUAUGAUAGACCACAAGCCCAGCCACAAGGAAGCAGUUACUACGCCGAUGAAGAGCAGCGGGCCGGCGGAUAUGAGAUGAGAAAUAUGAACGGAAACGAUCCCAAUCGAAUCCUCAAUGAGUGUCGAGCAGUCGACCAAGCCAUCGAUGAGAUUGAGGCUGAUCUGCAACGCCUCAAAGGCCUUCAAUCACGCUAUCUUGCUGACACGAACACUUCCGCUCAAUCGCCCCUGCGCAUCGAAGUGGAUAGAACUGGUGAAAAUAUCAUGACAAAGUACAGAGGCCUUGUCAGCCGGGUCAAGAACAUCAAGCAACAGCCUGAAUCUGGGAAUCCCCGCAACGCGCCACAAGUUGGAAAGGUGGAUCGUCGAUUGAAGACUGCCAUCAACCAGUACCAACAAGUCGAACGAGAAUUCAGGAAAUCGUCGCAAGAGCAGAUGGCUAGACAAUACCGCAUCGUCCGACCGGAUGCCUCCGAUGCCGAAGUGCGCGAAGCUGUCGAGGAUCCAAACAACCAACAAAUCUUCAGCUCUGCUUUGAUUCAAAGCGACCGUCGUGGUGAGGCCCAAACAGUGGCACGAAAUGUCUCUCAACGUCAUGAAGAUAUUCAGAAGAUUGAACGACAGAUGAUUGAGCUUGCUCAGCUCUUCCAAGAUCUCGAAGCAUUGGUCGUGCAACAAGAACCUGCCGUUACUCAGAUUGAACAACGCGGUGAAGAAGUCACAGAACAUGUGUCCAAGGCCAACAACGAACUUGAUGGCGCAGUCAAGAAGGCUCGCGCUGCCCGGAGAAAGAAGUGGAUGUGCUUGGGUAUUGUUGUCCUUAUCAUUAUCAUCAUCAUCGUUGUGGUGGUUGUUGCUGUGGAAGUUACCAAGCACUAGAAUACUUGGAAUAAACCCAAAAAUGAUCAACCUGAAACCCAGAACUCCGAUCCAGUUCCGUCAUUUUCUAGAUCCGAAAUCCAGAGAUCACCUUGUAUCCUGCCUAAAGAUUAUGCCUUUCGUCCAAGAAUCAACGCGGGUUUUGUCCUCCGACGUAGUUUGUGGGCAAGAAGGCAGCAUUGUGGUAUGGGCAAAGGAGAUCAAGAUGAUGAUCUAUUUCGGAUGUUCUUUCCGGGAGAGCCUUGAUGGCGUUAGGGAAUAGGUGCAUCUUGAUAUCAAGUGUGCACAAAACGGGGAGUGAGAACAUCUUGAGAAUUGAGGCUGUUUUUCCAGAAGAAAGUUCCAUAUGUUCAGAAAAGCCGGCGCAAAAGCGUAUUUUUGUACUCUUUCUUUUUUUUCGUCUGUCUCGUGGGGAGUUUUCCCUCUCUUGUCUUGUUGGAUUUGUUAUUGGGAAAGUUGUAUAGCAAAGCACAGCUUAGACAAAUUAACUUAAUUACUGCCUGAACCCCUGCAGGGAAACACCUACGUACUCCAGUACUCCGUCCUAAGCAAUGUAGUUUCCCAUGGUCAAGGGGCAGAUGUUGAGUGAUGACGGUUAUUUUUCAUUUCGAGUAUCCUUGACCGAGGGGGGUUGUCUCGAUAAAAUGACAAAGCAAGUCCGGGAGUAUAAGAGAAUAGCGAUACAUGGUGGUAGGAUAUAUGGGCCUGUUUCCAACAGCAACAAGAAGAAGAAUCUCCGUCGAUUGAGUCAUCCCG